CAGCAGCAUUAAAGUGAUGGUGUAUGGAAACGAGCGCUAUCAGGUUUUCACUGUGGGGGACUGCUACCUGUUCAGAAACGUCCUCAUGGAGGAAAAAGUCAUGAAAGUGACCAAAAUGAGCAACAUAUCAAGGACGGCAACUCUCGAUGUCCCCCAGAAUCUGGAGAUGGAGGCUCGGAUGCUCGUUGAUUUCCAGAUCCCAGUUUGCUCCAUCGCACAGGCCAACAGUGCUGCAGAGAGGACCUCAGUGAGCGUUGAAGGAACCAUACCAGAGAUCGCAUCGGUUGAAAACAUCAAGCUAAAGUCCAAACGGAGAAAGAAAGCCAAGCAAGAGCUCAGACUUGAAGACAGCACCGGUUCCAUCAGGAUCACCUUGUGGGGUGAAGACAUCAAGCAGCUCAGAGGAAAAUCACAUGGAGACGUCGUCAGGGUGACCAACGUGAGGACCAGCCGCUUCCAUGAUGCAGUAUCGCUGAACUCAACAACUUUCACCAGAAUUUUCCAGGUUCAAAGUGCUGCGGUGCAGAACGUCACCAUCAAGAUCAUCGGGAUCAUAAAAGCCAGCAGGACGCAGACGGAGCUGGAUGCGCAGAUCAGCGGCAGAGAGGUGCAGACAUUUGUGGUGGAUUCGUCACUGCUGGCAGACGUGGUUGGAGUCAGGCUGGAGGGCGACUUUGAGGACAGACUCCUGAGCAAAAUGCCGUUCUCAGCAGAUGUAGAAAUUGAAGGAAACAAGAUCAAUAAAAUGAACGCCGUUAAUGAGAUGUGAAGAUGACGUCCAGUGUUUGGCUGGGCUGCAGCUUUGAUGGCGAUGAGCCGACAGCAGCAGAAUGAUCUGAACUGGAAGUUUACCAAAGAUUUUUACUGCUCUCUGAAAUCAGGCUUAUGUUCUGAACCUGUGUGUUUUUAUCUUUCUUCAAUUCUUUGUGCAAAUGAGUGGUUCUAGUUUAGUUUAGUUGUGUGUUCAUAAUCACGCUCUGCUGAAUCUCUGUGAUGGUGACGUGUGCCUGCUUGGAUUGGUUUUGUUUAUAAAUCUGGAAUUUAAUAAAAAUA